GCUAGCGAAAAGAUUUGACAGAUUUCCGUUGAGAAGCAUUAACGCUAAACCAAUGGAACCUGCUUCUUUCGAUUUGGGAUUUAGCGCAGCGCAUCAUACCACACACGCAAAUCUAUGCAAGUGCUUUGUUUGUUUUCCAUAACACCGAUCUUAGACAGCUAGCUGUGUGGAGAAUGUAGGCUAACAAAAGAACAUGGUUCAAUUUAUCGUGAUCGUUGAAAAGAUUGCCGGAGCUACGCACAUGAUGUCGUAACAAAAGAUGUGGGGAGGGUAUUGGUGAUCGAUCGUAUGAAAUGGUAUAUAUAGCAUGCCUGAGGAGAAAGGAUAUCGAAUGCUAACCUCACUUGGGAACAAAUCACAGUUUAAUCAUGUUGUUCAACAUUCUCUCCCUCGUCUUGCUGUCCAUAACAACGGCAAGAUGUCAAACAUUUGACGGUAAAACAUUUUUACAUUACACUUCUCCUGCAACACAAUUCACGGAAACUUUACCGAUCGGAAAUGGUAGAUUAGGUUUAGGAAUGUACGGUACACCUGCCGAACAAUUAAUUUUAAACGAAGAUUCAACUUGGAAUUCAAACUUUGUUAAUCGCGUAAAUCCAAAUGCAAAAGGUUCAUGGCAACGUGUUCGAAGUGAAAUCGUGGAUAAUAAAUGGUUUGAAGCAGGUAAUGACGGUUUAAGAAAUAUGGUACCUGAAGAUGACGAACCGGGUAGAUACCAAAACGCUGGUUUCUUAAACGUUGAUAUGGGACAAGAACAAAGUGGAAUGUCAAACUAUGUUCGUUGGUUAGACACAAUCAAUGGAAUCACGGGUACCAAUUACACUUACUCGGGAGCUCAAAUUAGUCGUAUAGCUAUUGCAAGCUACCCAGACGGAGUGAUGGCAAUGAGAAUUGCAUCCGAUCAACCAUUUAGCGCAAAUGUUUCAUUCAGUCGUGCAGCAAACAUUUACAAUUCAACUGCAACCACAGACGGUGGCAAGAACGUCUUGUUGACGUAUUCUGGCAGUAAUUCACAACCUGGUGGAUUGGACUUUGCCAUGCAAGGUCGUGUCGUCGUUGAUCAAGGCUCAGUCAGUGCAAAAUCAAGCAAUUUGACCGUUACCAACGUAAAGACUUUGGAUAUCUUUAUGGACAUCGAAACUACUUAUCGUCAAUCUGAUUACAAAGGUCAAACAGAUACAGUCUUGGAUGCAGCUGUCUCCAAAGGCUGGAACACAAUCUUUAGCAAUGCCGUUCAAGAUCAUUCAAAGAUAGCCAGUGCUGUUACAAUGGACCUAGGAACUACUUCAAACACUUCUCUCGCACAAAGUCCCACUGAUCAAAGAUUGACUGCAUUCAAAAGUGCAGAAAAUGAUGAUAACGAAUUGAUGACUUUGGUGUACAACUUUGGACGUCAUUUAAUGAUCUCUUCUUCUCGUCAAGGUACCAAAUCCCUUCCUGCGAAUUUAGUAGGUCUCUGGCUUGAUGAACUUACGGCAGCUUGGGGUGGAAGAUUCACCGUGAACAUCAAUCUUGAAAUGAAUUAUUGGGCAGUAGGAGCAGGUAACAUGGCCGCUGAUACACAAAUCAGCUUGUUUGAUUUAAUGGACGUAGCACGUCCUCGUGGAGAUCAGAUGGCAAAAGAUAUGUAUGGAAUUGAGAGUGGUAUCGUUUUCCAUCAUAAUCUUGACCUUUGGGGUGACGCAGCUCCGGUCGAUAAUGGAACAAGGUACACUCUCUGGCCAAUGAGCGCACCAUGGUUGUCAACACAUAUUAUGGAACACGUUCGAUUUACCAACGAUUUGGAUUUCUUGAAGAACAGAGGAUUACCUUUCCUUUUGGACACUUCUGCAUUCUAUGAUAGCUUCUUGUUCGAAUAUGACGGUAAUAUGGUUACCGGUCCUUCUUUAUCACCCGAAAAUGGUUUCAACAUUCCAGCAAAUGGUGAUAAGCCAGGAUAUCAAAACGAAGGAAUGGAUAUCGCUCCUGCUAUGGACAAUCAAUUGUUGUGGCAAAUGUACGCUGAUAUUGAUGAAGCUUAUCAACGUUUAGGCGAUCCAAACAACACGAAUGCCACUCAUGCCCGUGACAUGCAAAGCAAAUUACGACCCAACUUCCUUGGCUCUUAUGGUCAAAUUCUUGAAUGGCGUGAAGAAUACGUUGAUACAACUCCCGGAAUUACGCAUAUCUCUCCUUUGUGGGGUUUGCAUCCUGGUAAGCAAUUCUCACCUUUGAUCAAUGACACACUUGCUGAAGGAGCACGUAAAUUACUCGAUAAUCGAAUGGCAAACGGAGGAGGUGCAAAUGGAUGGUCAAGAACAUGGGUUGCAAGUUGUUAUGCACGUUUGUUUGAUGGUGUUGCCGCAUGGGCAAAUUCACAAGAAACAUUAAAGACAUUCUUAUUGAGUAACCUUUGGAAUUCUGAUUCAGGUCCAGGUUCACCUUUCCAAAUUGAUGGAAACUUUGGUUAUCUUUCUACGAUUCAAGAAAUGUUAUUACAAUCACAUACAGGCAUUAUUCAUCUUUUGCCAGCAUUACCAGCAAACGUUUCAACGAGUGGUGGAAGUUUCAAAGGAUUAUUAGCCCGUCAAGGAUUCUCAGUUGAUAUGUCUUGGGAUCAAAAUGCAUCACUUAAACAAGCAACCAUUACAUCUAAUUUGGGUAACGAAUUAAGCCUUCGAUUGACAAACGGAACGAAUAUCAAAGUUAAUGGAAAUGAUUAUACUGCUCCUUUGCAGACGACUAAAGGUCAAACUUAUACAGUUACCUUGGCUUAAAUGUGCAUUUUAAGCCUGCAUGUCUGGAUACACGUACGGCGAAUUUGCCGAACGCUAACAACGUGCGGAAAAAAGAAAAUCCUUUUCCUUCUGUGGAAUUCUUUCUAUUUGUUCUUCAUAAAAAAGCAUUUUAUUUGAUGAAAUAUCUCCGUUCGAUAGUAGUGUCAGGCUGAGAAAUUAUUUGUUUGUAUUUGUUUUG